UUCUUUGCCGUAGAGUGACGUACUUCCUGAGAGACAGUCCGCUUCGUUGAAGGAUGGGUCAAAGCCAGAGUGGGGGACAUGGACCUGGUGGUGGCAAGAAGGAUGAUAAGGAUAAGAAGAAGAAAUAUGAACCACCAAUUCCAACCAGAGUUGGCAAAAGGAAGAAGAAAUCAAAAGGACCAGAUGCGGCUAGCAAGUUACCCUUGGUGACCCCUCACACUCAGUGCAGACUGAAGCUUCUUAAAUUGGAGCGAAUUAAAGAUUACUUGCUAAUGGAAGAAGAAUUUAUCCGAAAUCAAGAACAAAUGAAACCCCUAGAAGAGAAGCAAGAGGAAGAGAGAUCAAAGGUAGAUGAUCUACGAGGAACCCCAAUGUCUGUGGGUACUCUGGAGGAGAUCAUUGAUGACAACCAUGCCAUAGUCUCUACAUCUGUGGGUUCAGAGCACUAUGUCAGUAUUCUGUCAUUUGUAGACAAGGAUCUGCUGGAGCCUGGUUGCUCUGUCCUACUUAACCACAAGGUUCAUGCUGUCAUAGGAGUUCUGAUGGAUGACACAGAUCCUUUGGUCACUGUCAUGAAGGUUGAGAAGGCCCCUCAAGAGACAUAUGCAGACAUUGGAGGGCUAGAUAACCAGAUUCAAGAAAUCAAAGAAUCUGUUGAACUUCCACUUACCCAUCCAGAAUAUUAUGAAGAGAUGGGUAUCAAGCCUCCAAAAGGAGUUAUUCUAUAUGGGGCUCCUGGUACAGGCAAAACUCUGUUGGCCAAAGCUGUUGCGAAUCAGACAUCAGCUACUUUUCUUCGAGUGGUUGGGUCUGAGUUAAUUCAGAAGUACCUGGGUGAUGGUCCAAAACUUGUGCGGGAGCUGUUCAGAGUGGCAGAGGAGCACGCUCCUUCUAUUGUAUUUAUUGAUGAAAUCGAUGCCAUUGGUACAAAGAGAUACGACUCAAAUUCUGGGGGCGAGCGAGAGAUUCAGCGUACAAUGUUGGAGCUGCUCAACCAGCUUGAUGGUUUUGAUUCCCGCGGUGAUGUUAAGGUCAUCAUGGCAACAAACAGGAUAGAAACGCUAGACCCAGCCCUUAUCAGGCCAGGAAGAAUUGACCGUAAAAUUGAGUUCCCAUUGCCUGACGAAAAGACCAAGAAGCGAAUCUUUCAGAUCCACACAAGCAGAAUGACGCUGGCUGACGAUGUAAACUUGGAUGACUUAAUUUUGGCAAAAGAUGAUCUUUCUGGGGCAGACAUAAAGGCCAUUUGCACAGAAGGUGGAUUGAUGGCAUUACGAGAACGCAGAAUGAAAGUGACAAAUGAAGACUUUAAAAAGUCCAAAGAAAAUGUUCUUUACAAGAAACAGGAGGGCACACCAGAGGGACUCUAUCUUUAAUUUAAGGAAGAAACCUUUACAUUUCUCUUCAUAGUAUUGACAGUAUACUCGUUGCAUAAGGAUGUAAACCGCUGUAUAUUAAAGCAAGCACUGUUGUCUGUAUGACCAAGGAGAUUUUGAUAAAACUCAGUGUUUGCAUGAAUUGUGAUAUCCUUGCUGGGGCAGGGUUUUAAGUCAUUGUAAAGCAUCUUAUUUGACAAUAAAAUAUUUCAUUUCAGAAA